CAACUCCUCCCAGUCCGCAGAGCGUUGCAGGCACACACGUGGUAGCAAUGGAUGGUGGCAGGUUACAGUUUCAUGAAAUGGGGCUGGAUGAUCGCCUUUUAAAGGCGCUGGCUGACCUGGGCUGGGCACAGCCUACCCUGAUCCAGGAGAAGGCCAUCCCGCUGGCACUGGAUGGGAAGGACCUCCUGGCUCGAGCCAGAACCGGUUCUGGCAAAACCGCUGCUUACGCCUUGCCAAUCAUCCAGCACAUCCUGUCUGUCAAGCAGGCGGUGACGGAGCAGGCAGUCCGAGCCCUCAUCCUGGUCCCCAGUAAGGAGCUGGGACAGCAGGUACAGAAGAUGAUUCGUGAGCUGACUGCCUUCUGUGCCAGGGACGUGCGUGUGGUUGACAUCUCCGGCCAGGCGGAGCUCUCCGCACAGAGGCCCAUCCUGAUGGAGAAGCCCGAUAUCGUGGUGGGCACUCCCUCCCGUGUUCUGGCUCAGCUGAGUGCUCAGAAUCUGCUUCUACGCAGCUCCCUGGAGAUGCUGGUCAUCGACGAGGCUGACCUGGUCUUCUCUUUCGGCUUCGAGAGCGACCUCAAGAGCCUCCUCUGCCACCUGCCCAAAAUCUACCAGGCUUUCCUGAUGUCUGCCACGUUUAACGAAGAUGUCCAGUCCCUGAAGAAGCUGGUUCUGCACAACCCGGUGACUCUGAAGCUGCAGGGCUCCCAGCUGCCAGGCAGCUCCCAGCUCACACAGUACCACAUCCGCUGUGAGGAGGAGGACAAGUUCCUGCUCAUCUACACCCUGCUGAAGCUGGCCUUGGUCCGGGGCAAGACCCUCAUCUUCAUCGAGACCAUUGACCGCUGCUACCGCCUCAAGCUCUUCCUGGAGCAGUUCAGCAUCCCUGCCUGCGUGCUCAACUCAGAGCUCCCUGUGCACUCCAGGUGCCACAUCAUCGGGCAGUUUAACCAGGGGUUCUACGAUUACAUCAUUGCCACGGAUGAGCAGAGUCUAGGGGACCCCCCUGCCCUGCCCGGGGGCCAGGGCAAGAAGGGCAAGAAGAAGAAAGCCCAGGGCAGCAGCGGGAAAGACAAAGAGUACAGUGUCUCGCGAGGGAUCGAUUUCCAGAACGUGGCUAAUGUUAUUAACUUCGACUUCCCCCCGACGGUAGAGUCGUACAUCCACCGUGUCGGCAGGACAGCCCGUGCGGAUAACCGAGGAACAGCCCUGACCUUCGUAUUGCACACACAGCUCCCCAUGCUGGCUGAAAUAGAAGAUGCCCUCACUGCAGAGAAUGCAGACUGUGCCCUGAAACCCUACGAGUUUAAGAUGCAGGAGAUUGAGGGGUUCAGGUACAGGUGUCGGGAUGCCAUGCGCUCCGUCACCAAGCAGGCUGUGAAGGAGGCCCGUCUGAAGGAGAUCAAACAGGAGCUGCUCAACUCUGAGAAGCUCAAAGUGAUCUUUCAGGAUAACCCUCGAGACUUCCAGCUGCUGCGCCAUGAUAAAGCUCUGCACCCCGCCAUUAUCAAACCCCACCUGAGGAACGUUCCAGAGUAUCUCAUCCCUCCCACGCUGAGGGGUGUCGCCCAUCCUGUAAUACAUAAGAGGAGGCCGAGACGACCACAGGGCAUAGCCGGGGGCAGAGAAAUGAAGAAGAGCUUCAAGCAACAACACAAGAAGAGGAACCCUCUGAAGAGCUUCAGAUACACAGGGAAGCAGGGCCAGGGGAAGAGUGGUCGAGGGGCGAAGUCCUAGACCAGUGAGAGGCAGGACUGGACUGGGGAUGGGGUUAGGGAUAUCUUCAUCAAAAGAGAAGUCAAUGACUGUUUGUUUGGGGCAUUGUUGGGUUCAUGCCACCAAAGAAUGGAGACUUGGUCUACAGAGUUUGUGUUGCCCACCUGCCUCUCAUCUUUUCUGUAGGUGAGGAGAACUUUAUACUCCACGCUGAUGAGGGCGUUCACUUCGUAACAUUGUUUGCUUAAUCUCUAUAGCAGUCAGCCUGAGUGUUGAAACCCAGGAUUGGGUACCGGGCUGCUGCUGCUUUUUUUUCGAACUGUAGAGAUUGUGUCCAUUUGGGCUUUAUAUUACUGAGCUUCAAGCUGUGGUCUACCAAGCACACCUCCUCCUUGUCAUGCCCUUUUUAAAACGUUGAGGGUCCAUUUACUCUGAGACCAUCUGUAGAUUUGUGAAUGUGUUUACAAGGGUUCUGUCAUUUUUCUAAGAAGAUGACUGCAGCUAGUCAAAGAUCUGUGCUAGUCUGGGUGUGUGAACCCAGCUAUAUGUGUGUAAUAGUAAAGCGCUGAUUGUGUGAGGUUUCAAAGUCACUCUCACAGUUGAACUGGACUGCAUCCUGCGCUACAAGUUGUGUGUUUCUGGAUAUCUUAUACCUGGUAAGGGUGCCUCUGUGUCUAAGGAGCUCACAGUGGUUGCUUUUUGUUCCUUUUUAUUAUGCAAAUAUGUGUGUUUUAUUAUUUUCAAUAAUUAAGGUCUGGGGUAAAGAUUAAAAGUGAAUCUUGAAGUGAAAUAUCCAAGAAGGAAGGGAUAAAGUGUGUUGACUAACAAUGAAAGAAGAUAAUGUGGCACUGACUGCAAGACUUUCUCCAACAAACUGGCUACCAUUAGCCGGCAGCACUGUUUACUGGGAUCUGCAGCUGUGGCUAGAGGUUUUGCAUCACCCUAUAGAAUGAACUUCUUUUACUUCAUAAAGUGCAAUGAAACCUGCUCAAUAAUGUUACAUUAACAUAUUGAACUACAUACUGCUUUGUAGUUUUGCAUAUUAACGAAAUAUGUAACAUUGAAAUCUAAUAUGAAAUACUAUACUAUUAUGGCUUCUGGUAGACUUUUACUAU